AUGAGUUCGGAUAUUCAGACCGUUAUCAAAGCGUGUAGUUUCGCGGCUGAACGACAUCGCAAGCAGAGGCGAAAGGAUGCUGAGCAGACACCAUACAUCAACCAUCCGAUUGGUGUUGCGAAUAUUCUAAUCAACGAAGCGGGUGUGACGGACAGCGCAGUGAUUGCGGCUGCUUUGUUGCACGAUACGCUCGAAGAUACAGCUACCACGUUGCAAGAACUGAAGGAUCUGUUUGGUGACGAGAAACUACCAAGGGAUGUGCGGAAGAAACUGCAGAUCGAAAAUGCCUCGAAACACUCCAAUAAAGUAUUUGAUUCUUGA